AGUCUGGCGGAGUGAUCCACUGUUAACGACUUGACAGCAAGCAUCGACAGCCUAACAGACCGUAAUUAAAUUCAGGAUUGUAACAACUUGAUAGCUGGCUCUUUUAAAAAUAUAUAUUUCAGCCAUAAGAAUUGCAAGCUAGCAAAAGAAUACUACCGACAUCAUGGAGCGGAAAAGUUUACCCAUUAAGCGUAUUCUCAACAAGCCCCAGAUAUUUCGCAGUGACCUCCGCACCGAUGCGAAUGCCAUUCACUCCAGAGCUGGCCGUUCCCUGCAGACCAAAGUGCAGAGGAGCAGACACAAGCAUCUCUACGACCUAAACCAUCAGAUCAGACUGUUCUGGGAGAGAAAGCUGAGUGGGUUAAAUGCAUUUGACAUCGCAGAAGAGCUGGUGAAAACUAUGGAUCUUCCCAAAGGCUUGCAGGGUGUUGGGCCUGCGUGUUCAGACAAAACGUUGCUUUCUGCCAUCGCCAGUGCCCUGCACACCAGCCCUGCUCCCAUCACCGGCCAACUCACUGCUGCAGUGGAGAAAAAUCCUGGAGUCUGGCUGAACACGGCACAACCUCUCUGCAAAGCUUUUGUAGUGACUGAUGAGGACAUCAGGAAGCAGGAGGACCUGGUGCAGAAUGUGAGACGACGGCUAGAGGAGGCCCUGAUGGCUGACUCACUGGCUCAGGUGGAGGACACCUUUGCAGAUGAUGCUGUCGACAAACUAGAGAAGAAGGCUGAGCCGCUGAUGAAGGAGGAGGUAUAGCUGAGGUUUGUUGGAGAUGAAGAGUGCUGGUAAACUCAGAUAUUUAAACGAAAGGUUUCAUGUUGAUUUUCUAUACACUGAAAAAGAGUUUCAAUGGAGACAUUAUACAGAUUUUUCUAACCUAAACAAAGACAGUAGUCUUUAUUGAUGUAUAUUUUUACACCUUGUAGUGUAAUCCUUAAAGGGUGCUUUAAGUUGUUUUUUUUACCUCUACUAAUGUAAGGCAGCUGUGGAAGGUGCUCAGUAUGAUGCAGUGUUACAUUUAGUUACCAGUUGUUCAAGCUUUUUACUGAAGAUGCAAACCUCAUACAUGUGAAUGUUUGUUGUGAUGUUUAUAUUGGUUCUCUGAAGUACGAGUUUAACCUUUCUCCCAGUUUGUGCUCCUAUAUAUUUACUGAUACUGCAAGAAGUGUAUCACACAAUGUGUUUAGUUUAAAAGAAAAAAAAAAAAACUGCAGUAUUUGUAUAUACCGUAAACGCAGCAUUUAGGUGGCUGUGAAGAAGCAAACAUCCCAGUUUUACAGACAUUAUAAGGACUUUGUUACAAUAAUUCCAGGUUAUAAAACUUGAUUCCUCGCAUUUGUGUUAAAGUAAUUUUCUGUGUUGAUUUGCCAACUACUUUAAAGAUCUGGAUUAUACAAUAUCAACAAAAGCUGUACAAACCAUUGUACUGUAUUUCAUUGAAGAUUGUGUUCUUGUACCACUAUUACUGUAAAAUAAAUGCAGUUU